AGAUUACGUACUAUGACAAAUGAUUUGAUAAAGAUAGUAGAAACUAGUAUAAAUACUAAGGUCUGGUAUCAAGUCAUAUUAUACGAGUCGAUCAGCUAGAACCAUGCGUGCAAUCAUCCUUCUGGCCCUUCUGGGCUCAGCCCUCGCGUUCAAUAGGCACUCCAGCCGCAUUGUGGGUGGUACAGCUACAAAUAUCGAGACCUACCCUUAUAUGGCGAACAUGCAGCGUUCCCAAUUUGGCAUCUUCUUCUCGCAAAGUUGCGGAGGUUCUUUGUUGACUACCACUUCUGUGCUCUCCGCUGCUCACUGCUUCUAUGAGGACUAUGCAUGGCAAUGGCGCGUCGUCCUCGGCACCUCGCUCCGAAGCCAGGGCGGAUCUGAACACUCGAUCCAGCGCAUCAUUAUGCACCCUCAAUACAUCGAUGAGAUCUUGAACAACGACGUCGCCGUCGUUCGUCUCAACGUACCGGCUGUGUACUCCAACAGCAUCCAACCAGCGAGGAUCCCCGGCCGUGACUACCACUUGGCAGACGGAUCUCUUGUAACUCACGUCGGCUGGGGCAGGCAAUGGACUAACGGGCCACUAUCCGAGCAGCUGCUACAUGUCCACCUGGAUAUUAUCAACCAGGAAGAGUGUGCAGUUCGUUACGCUUACCUCAAGACUCAGCCUGGUUAUGAAGAUUGGCCAGACAUUAACGAAGGCAUGGUGUGCGCCGGGAUCCUGGAUGUGGGCGGCAAGGACGCCUGUCAGGGAGACUCUGGUGGACCCCUCGCCCACCACGGAGACAUCAUCGUUGGAGUUACAUCUUGGGGAUUUGAUUGCGGCCAUGCUUUCUACCCUGGAAUCAGUGCUCGCGUAUCUCAAUACACUGACUGGAUUGUAGCUAAUGCCAAUUAAAUGAACAGUCCAUUCAUACUUGUGUACCAUGUACACAUACAGACCUGCUGCUUAGGAUAACGUUUUUGUACAUAUUAAUUUAUUCAAUUCUGUAAAUAUAAUAUCCAUGACAAAUAUACAA